UCUUGGUCGGCUUUAGGGUCGAAACAUUACUUAGAACAUUGACAAUUUCUGUUAAAUUCGUUCAAGAUUCCUCUCUUCAAUCCGACAAUGCCGCUGGCUCAGUUAGCGGAUCCCUGGAGGCGGAUGGAAGUUGCCCAAGAUGCGGAGGCUGGAAGUACAGAAGAUAUGCUGGUUGAUGAUCAGAAUGACGAUUGGGAGACUGAGCUAGAACUGACUACAGUCACCAAAGAAGGUGUGACAGCUGACCCAUCCAAUUUUGAACUGCUGAAAGUCCUUGGGCAAGGCUCGUUUGGAAAGGUCUUCCUUGUUAGAAAGAUAAAUGGAAAAGACAAAGGCACACUCUAUGCUAUGAAGGUUCUCAAAAAAGCUACUUUAAAAGUUCGUGACCGACAGAGAACAAAAAUGGAACGAGAUAUACUUGCUGAUGUCAACCAUCCAUUUAUUGUAAAGUUACACUAUGCAUUUCAGACAGAGGGCAAGCUGUACUUAAUCUUAGAAUUUCUCCGAGGGGGUGAUUUGUUUACAAGGCUGUCAAAAGAGGUGAUGUUUACAGAAGAAGAUGUAAAGUUUUAUCUUGCUGAGUUGGCUCUGGCUCUGGAUCAUCUCCACAGUCUAGGAAUUAUCUACCGGGACCUCAAACCAGAGAAUAUUUUGUUGGAUACAGAAGGGCACAUAAAGUUGACAGAUUUCGGUCUCAGCAAAGAAUCAAUAUUUGAGGAGAAGAAGACGUAUUCGUUCUGUGGUACAGUCGAGUACAUGGCUCCUGAGGUUGUUAAUCGGAAAGGUCAUGGAACAGCAGCUGAUUGGUGGUCCUAUGGAGUUCUUAUGUUUGAAAUGCUGACAGGUGCCCUACCUUUCCAAGGAUCUAAUAGGAAAGAAACCAUGACACAAAUUCUGAAAGCAAAGUUGGGAAUGCCACAGUUUUUAAGUCCGGAGGCACAGAGUUUGUUAAGAGCUUUAUUUAAAAGAAAUCCAGUCAACAGGUUUGGGUCAUUACCUGAUGGAGUCGAGGACAUGAAGAAACACCCUUUCUUUUCCACCAUAGACUGGGAGACCCUGUACAAACGACAGAUUACACCACCAUUCAAACCAGCUGUGGUACAGACAGACGAAGUCUUCUACUUCGAUCAGGAGUUCACAAACCGUACACCAAAAGAUUCCCCUGGGGUUCCACCCAGCGCGACAGCUCACGAACUCUUCAGGGGAUUCAGUUUUGUUGCACCGGCCUUGUUAGGCGCCGAUCAAAGAGCAAAAAAUCCACUCGAUAACAAAAUCAGCCUCGCAAAGCUUCCAGGUGUGAAAACGACAUCAUUUUCUGAUGAAUAUGAACUCAAAGAGGAUAUUGGAGUUGGAUCCUAUUCCAUAUGUAAGAGAUGUGUACAUAAGAAUUCUGGUUUAAGUUAUGCAGUGAAGAUUAUGGACAAAAUGAAAAGGGAUCCAUCAGAAGAAGUGGAGAUCUUACUUCGGUUUGGUCAUCAUCCAAAUAUUAUCACUCUCCGAGAUGUGUUUGACAUUGGGAACAAAGUGUAUAUGGUAACAGAGCUGAUGAAAGGUGGAGAGCUUUUGGAUAAAAUUCUACGGCAAAAGUUUUUUUCUGAAAGAGAAGCCAGUGCUGUUUUGCAGAUUGUCACAAAAACUGUUGAAUACCUACAUUCUAAUGGGGUAGUUCACCGUGACUUAAAGCCUUCCAAUAUUUUAUACACUGAGGACAGUGGCUCCCCAGAAAGCUUAAGAAUAUGUGACUUUGGCUUUGCAAAGCAGCUGCGAGCAGAUAAUGGUCUUCUGAUGACACCGUGCUAUACAGCAAACUUUGUCGCACCUGAGGUAUUGAAGCGACAGGGAUACGACGCGGCUUGUGAUAUCUGGAGUCUCGGAGUGCUGUUGUACACCAUGUUGGCUGGCCACACCCCAUUUGCAAAUGGACCUAACGACACUCCCAGUGACAUUCUGGCAAGAAUUGGAGAAGGAAAGUUCACUCUGGCGGGAGGGAACUGGGAUUCUGUAUCAUCUGCUGCUAAGGAUUUGGUGACACGGAUGCUUCACGUUGAUCCUCAUAAUCGUCUGACUGCGGCACAAGUUCUAAACAACCCCUGGAUCGCGCAGCGUGAUAACUUACCACAUUUGCGACUGCACCUCCAAGAUGCACAGACCGUUAAGGGUGCAAUGGCAGCUACCUUCAAAGCACUCAACAAUGCACCAAAACCAGUGUUGGAACCAGUGGGGGCAUCACGUCUCGCUCAACGGCGAGGCAAGAAUCGGCCAAAAAGUUCAACCGCUGUAUAACUGUUAUCUACUUUUGUAAAAAAAAACCAAAAAAAACACAACAAAUAUAUAUAUAUAUAUAUAUAUAUAAAUAUGGAUGUUUAGUACAUAUUCGAGUCUAUAAUCAAGUUAGCCGAAUCUCAGCUGAGUUACAAAGCAGACCAGUAAGACUUGUCUAUCACACUGACUGUACAGCUGAGAGUAGAGAACAGUCUGGUACAGGUUUCUUGUUUAUCAUUACACUGUAUGUUAUGUUAACAAAGCAUGUGACUCUGAGCUGCUAAUCUGACAACUGACCUUUGACACGUCGAAGCAUAUAAUGAAAUUACAUAAUACAAUACAGUUCUAAAUAUAUUUUCAGAACCUUCGUUUGCUCUAAAUCUGUAUAUCCACAUAUUGUAAUUUUAGGAACAUACUGUCAACUGGCAUGACAAAGUUGGCCAACUCUACAGUUGCAUUGAAAUUUUCCCAACUGCCAUCUUACGAUGGGUGCGCUAAGAUUUACAACUAAUCGGUUGUAGAUGUAUUAUACGAUGAAAGUCUAGUUGUGAGAGCGCCGAGACUAGCAAACUGGACAAGUCGUGAGAGCAGAAAGUUGGCCAACUUUGUCAUGGUAGUUGGUAGUAUGUACUUAGCAUACGUCUGUAGUAGCAUUGAUGAAAUAUGAAACCAACUCGUAGCUGGAAUUGCUAACCAUCUUAGGAAAGUAAAAUUGGUAUCCCAUGCAGAUUCUACGAGAUGUUCAGCUUCUCCGAGUUAGGGUCUAUGCUUUAAAUCAAAUUAGUUACUGUGAUUUCUGCUAAUCAAAUGACAUAGCAUAUGAACAUUCAUAGAAAUUGUCCUGUGGUGCAUAAUGUGUGUGUUAUGUGGUCUCGGAGUAUGAAACAUGAUGGCUGCUUCAUUCUAUUUUAUAUCCAUAUUGAGUUGAAUUCUAUUUGAAAUAUUUUUCUAAUAUAUAGUACACAUGAUAAGAAAUGAUCUUUCAGAGAUGUAUGUUUAAAAAGCGUUGUUACGUUUUGGUUGUUGUAGCUGAUUUUGUACAUAGGCUGUACAUAAUUUGAGCAUAUAUUUGUACUUGUACUACAUAUGAAAGACAAAACGCUCAUUUAUUGGUCAGAUUGAUAUUUUGUGUUUAGCUCAAUGUCAAGUUUUUGAGUUGAGCUUGUGUAAUGGUCAUGCAUCUAAUGUCUUUACAUUUCUCGUUGCAAGCUGCAUUUCUGUGAAAUCUGCCAGGAAAUAACAUCCAGGGUACAGAUUUUUGAAGAUAUCUUAGCGCUAUGAUAUCAUAAGACUGUUCUAGCUAUGAUAGCUUACAAUGAUUUUACAAUAUCGUAGCGUUAAGAUAGCUUCCAAAAUCUGUAGCCAGAUUAAUGUUGAUGGAUGUGUUUUGGGGUGGGGGUGAGGGGGUUACCAAUCUUCUAUUAAGAUCCUGACCAAAUGUUAGCAAAGUUUGAACCGUCAUUGCCAAAUUCCCAGAAUUAGACUGAAGUUUAAUUUGGCAAAUGUACCCACUAAAUUGAACAACACGGUUUUACUAAUCUUCUACUCUUUAAAAUUUUGGCUAGAUGUUAGCAAAGUUUGAACUGCCGUUGCCAAAUUCCCAGAUUUAAACUUCAGUUUAAUUUGGCAAAGGUACAUAAUAACUUUACCAAUAAAAGGUUAAUUGAGAAUGAGUAUGUUAAAAAAAAAAUUAUGUUGCAUUCUGUUGGAAUUUGUACACCAAGACAAAAAUUUUAAAAUUGUGAACAAUAUUUUGUGUCCAGUUUAAACCCAUGAACCCUGUGUUGAGACUGCCAUGACUGUUUUUCAGUAUGUCUAAACCAGUGUACCAGAGUUGUGUUUGUACCGAAACCUACUAACUACGACUAAAGGAAAUUGUCCCUUCAGCUCAGUUGGUAAAGCGGUUGACCUUCAGACAGGUUCCCUGGUUCAAAUCUCCUCAGUGGAGCUUCAGUGACUUGUUACAGGUUGUGUGAAUAGAAAUAGUUAGAUCUGUGUGUAACGUUUUACAUGGUACCCUGCCACACUAAUAACCUAUCCAACCAGAAUUUUGCUUUCGGUUUAAUACCUGUUUACUAUAACCAUUUUAUUAAUGACCAUUUAUGCCGAGUCAUUGUUGACGAACUCAUUUGUAUUUAAUUUUGGGAAAUUUAUUUAUAUAGGCCUGGCAGUUUUUAAUCAUGAUAUACAUGUUUUUGGAAACUGUGUCAAUGCUCAUUAAUUAAAUUUGUUAGUAUUUGGCAUCAUUGAUUAUAAUAUUAAUAUACUGUA